UAGCCAUAUCUAGCUAUAACAUAGCUAACUUGGCAGCUCUGGUUGAAUACACGUGCAGCGCGUUUUGAUUUUGUUACUGCACUUGAUUUAAUGCUAAAAUUGCUUAAAAUUAAUUAAAAACAUGCCGGCAGCAGUGGCAACAGGUGUGCAAAUCAAUGGACAAUUGAAAAACAAAAAGAUUGUGUUUAAUGAUGACGGUGAAGCGCAAACAAAACCAGUUAAAGAAGAACACAACAGCAACAGCAACAAAAAAGUUCCAUUUCCAAAGCGACAAAAUAAAGGACAAGAGAAGAAACCACAAAGCAUAAAAUUUGAUGAAGACGAAGAUGAUAAAGUGGAAGAAGUGCAGCCAGCUAAAAAUAACAACAAUAAAUUAAUCUUGGAUAAAGCGGGAAAAGUCAAGAAACCACAGCGCAUAAAGUUUGAUGACGACGGAGCGGAGAAGGAGGUAAAGGAGGAGGAGAAAGCAGCAGCUGAUGACACGGAUGAGGAAGAGGAGGAAUUGCAAAAGUCGAAGAAACGCAACAAGUAUGAAGCGCACACUGAUGAAGAUGAUGCCCAAAAGAAGUGGUAUCAAGUGCACACGGAUUAUCCCUGCAGCGAUGAGGUGCUCGACAUGAAGGAGAACGAGCAACUGGAACUGUUUAAUUUGUGCAAAAAUGCUUACGAUGCGGAGAAAAACACAUACAAUAAACGCAAUCCCACCGAUGCCCGCUGGCUGCAAACGGCGCUGCACAAGGGAACCGCCAAGGAUCGCGCCAAUGCAGGCGCCUUGUUGGUCACCAGCAAUCCGCUCGGAAAUCUGGAGGCACUAUCGAAUCUGAUUGGCUUCUGCAAGAUAUCGAAUAAGAGCAGCAACGAUGUCAUCGCUGUGCUGACGGAUUUGUGGCAGGAAGUGUUGUUGCCGCCACAGCGCAAACUGUUAUCGAUACACACACGUGGCGCCGAUUGGAAGCAGUUGAAGAAGCAACAACUGCACAAGGAUCAACAACGUCGCCUCUAUGCGUAUUGGUACUUUGAGAAUGAGCUGAAGGAUCAGUAUCAUGAGUUUUUGAAGAAUCUGAUGCAGGGACUGCAGACGGGACAGGAGCAUAAUAAAAUGAGCUCCAUUGUGGCAGCUGCUCGACUCUUGGCCUAUGCGCCGGAGAAGGAGCAAAUGCUGCUGACCAUGCUCAUAAAUAAGCUGGGUGAUCCCGUGCCCAAAAUAGCCUCCAAGGCGUUGCAUCACUUAAGUGAAGUGGCCAAAAAACAUCCCAAUAUGUGUGGCGUCAUUGUAGCCGAGGCGGAAAAGUUGCUCUUUCGCAACAAUAUCUCGGAACGUGCUCAGCAUUUUGCUUUAUGUUUCCUCUCCAGCAUUGCGCCCUCGGGCAGACCGGAAGUGUGCACCAAGCUGGUGAAUAUAUGCUUUGCCCUGUUCAAGGUGCUGGUGCAGAAGGGAGCGGUUAAUAAUCGCACUAUGCAGGCGAUUUUACGUUGUCUCCAGAAGGCCAUAACGGAGGCACAACCCGCCAAGGGCAGCUCGGAAAUACUCACCAAGGAAAUGCAGGAUACCAUCUAUAGAUUAGUGCAUCUGGCUGAUAUAAGAGUUUCCGUACAAACUCUCGGAUUGCUGCUGCAGUUGAUCACGGUUAAAACGGAGAAAUCGGAUAGAUUCUAUAAUGCUUUGUAUAUAAAACUUGUAGAUCUCAAUCUGAUCAACAUUGGCUCGAAGACAGCCGCCCAGUUGCUGCACAUUGUGCAUCGGGCUAUACACAUUGAUGCGGUGAUUCCCCGUGCUCAGGCCUUUGUCAAGAGAUUGCUACAGUUGGCGUUGUAUGCUCCGCCUAAUAUGGCCGCUGGUUGCCUCAUUGUGUUGCAUAAACUGUUGCGCCUGCGCAAGGAACUCUUGGGCGGAUUGGCUGACAGUGAGUUGACCCAGGAAAGCAAUAAGGCUGUGUUGUCAGCUGAGCAGCUGGAUAAAUUUGGCAGCGAUGAGGAGGAGAUCUACAAGGAUGUGGUUGAGGAGGAGCAGGACAAGGAGCAGCAGACAGCUGUUAAGGAAUCAGAUGAUAAGAAGUUGGUGAAUAAACAGCAAAGUUCCUCCUCCUGGCAUCACUUGAAUCUGGUCUCCAGCGACGCCAAAGUUCGUGACAUUGAUGGCUGCAAAUAUGAUCCGUAUCAUCGUGUUCCCGCCUUUGCUGGCGCCGGUUACGCCCUCCGCAAUGAGCUGCUCCUGCUGCGACAACAUUAUCAUCCCACGGUGCAGGUCUUUGCCGAGCAGAUAAUGCUGGAGAAACGCAUUGAUUACUAUGGAGAUCCAUUGAGAGAUUUCGGUCUGCCGCAUUUUCUGGAGCGCUUUGCCUUCAAGAAUCCCAAGAAGCUGGAACAUCAGCCGAUGGUCGAAGGAGUUUCACACAAGCGUUACACAUCCUUUGGAGCACGUGGCAAACCAGUGAGAUCCUUGACCAAAUCCAACUGCACCGAGGAUGAGAUGUUCAUCUUCAACUAUCUGGAGCAGAAGCGUAAGCAUGCAGAAUCGAUGGAACAACAGAGCAAGAAGCAAAUGAAAGUGGAGCAGGAAACGGAAGAAGCAGCUGAGGAUGAGGAUUUGAAGGAAGGCGAAGUGGAUGAUGAUGAGUUUGAAAACUAUUUGGAUAAUUUCUUUGGCAAGAAGCUCAAGGAUGGCGACGAUGCCGAGCAGGAUGAGGAGGAACUUAACUAUCUGCAGGAGCUGGGAGGUGAACUUCAAGCGGACAAGUCCAAAAAGAAGCAGAAGAAAAAUAAACAGACGGAAGAUGAUGAUAUGGAAGACAUGGCAGAUGAUUGGGAUGAUGAUGAUGAUGAGGAUGCAGGUGAAAUGUCAGGCGGAGAUGAGCAGUCCGAUGAUGAGACGGGUUCCAUUGACUUGGAACCCUUGGAUGAUAAUGAUGACGACGAUAUUGAUGAUGAUGACGAUGAAGCGGGUUCUAUUUCUAUGGAUGGUGGCGAUAGCGACUCAAGCGAGGCGCCAGAGAGUCCAGAUGAGGAUGAUGAUGAAGAUGCACCCAAGUCAAAGAAAUCACGCAAGGAUUCAAUGCUAAAUGAACGCGGAUUUGCACAGAAAUUGAAGCACAGCAACGACAUGACUAAGCUGUUUGCCGGUGCCGAUGAAUUCUCCGCCCUGCUGGAGGAGACGGGCAAGUCCAAGGGACAGGGCACCAGCAAUGCGGUCUUCAACAAGGACAAAUCCUCCGACAAGCAAUUGAAAUGGGAAGAAAAGCGACGCUCCAAUAGCAAAAACUAUACAAGCAAAAAGUUUAACAAGGGUGCAAAAGGUGGAGGAGGAGGAGGAGGUGGCAAGAAGAGAAAACAUUAAAUGAAAUUUUUAUAACUAAUUAGUUAUACAAAUUGUUUUAUGCAAAAUGCAAUAAAUAAUA